AUGUGGUUUGCAGCAGACGGCAGUAGGGCCCUUCCCCUUAUGAGUAUAACAUCGGGUGACCUUAGUAAUGAUGGUCUUUUGUACUUUUACCAAACCGAAAGAAAUGGAGCCAUGACCGACUUAGGAGGUGGAGCAGGUACAACUUUUGAGAAUAAUGGUCAAGUCUGUUUAACAAACAGAAUUUACGACCAAACUUCUAAAAUUAGUGGUGAUGGUUGUUUUGAUAUUGGAGAAGAUAGUGUUGUUUUCCUUCAAAAUUCGCUCUUGGAUAUUUCUUCAGAUCAAACAUUCUAUUUAAGUACUUCAUCUUCAUCUUUGAAAGUCGAAUCCAACGCUAGGCAGCAAACAUUUAAGGUCGCUGGUUGGGGUAAUGGUAACUUAAUUGGAUUUAGUAUGAAAAUCCAGUCCUUCGAUUAUGAUGACAGCACUGGUACUUUGUCCGUACAAAGUGGUACCUCAGGUGCUUCAUUUACUUAUAAAUUCGAUAUUGGUAGUGGAUACGAUGAGUCAAAGAUAGAAAUUGUUGACCCUGACUUUGGAACUGGGAUCAUCAACAUUCCAAAUGGUGGGCUUGUUUAUAAUGAUGAUGUUCCAAACCCUGAAACUCCUCUGAGUUGCAGUGCUUGUUCACCAAUCCCUGAUAUUCCAACUACCACGCCAAGCUCCUCAGCUUCUUCUUCGGCACCACCAAGUUCAUCCGAGCCACCAAGUUCAUCCGAGCCACCAGGUUCAUCUGAACCACCAAGCUCAUCCGAACCUCCAAGCUCGUCUGAAUCAUCAAGUUCGUCUGAAUCAUCAAGUUCGUUUGAAUCAUCAAGUUCAUCCGAGCCACCAAGUUCAUCUGAACCACCAAGCUCAUCCGAACCUCCAAGCUCGUCUGAAUCAUCAAGUUCGUCUGAAUCAUCAAGUUCUACUGAACCACCAAGUUCAUCAUCAAGCUCUACUGAACCACCACGUUCAUCCGACUUAUUAAGUUCUUCUGAAGUAAGUGAAACUGAAACUUCGACAGAACCACCAAGCUCUUCCGCUGCUACAUCUUCAGCUAGUGAGACUAGUAAUUCCUUAAUUACGAGCGGACAAGAACAAACUAACACUGCCACUCCAUCAACCACCCCAACAGGUUCAGAAAACAAUACCUCUAAUACUGACAAUGGAUCAGGAGACCAAUCAAAUACAGAAACAACUACCCCAACAGGAUCGGAUAAUGGUUCUGGUGAUGGAUCCGACAAUGGUUCUGGCGAUGGUUCUGGCGAUGGAUCAGACAAUGGUUCUGGCGAUGGAUCAGACAAUGGUUCUGGCGAUGGUUCAGACAAUGGCUCAGGUAAUGGAUCAGGUUCAGGUGAUGGUUCCGGCUCAGACAAUGGUUCUGACGACGGUUCAAGUGAUGGAUCAGAAAAUGGUUCUGGUGACGCUUCAGGAUCACGCUCUGGCGAUGAUUCGGGCUCAGGUUCAGGUGUUGGUUCCGGCUCAGAUUCAGGUGAUGGUUCUGGCUCAGGUUCAGGAUCAGGCUCAGGCUCAGGCUCCGGCUCAGGUUCAGGUUCAGAUUCUGGAGAUGGUUCGGGAUCAGGCUCUGAUGAUGGCUCUGGCUCAGACAAUGGCUCAGACAAAGGAUCAGGGUCAGGCGCUGACAGUGGAUUAGGUAAUGGUUCAGGAUCACCUGGCGAUAGCUCCGGUUCUGGUGAUAGUUCAGGAUCAGGUUCAGACAAUGGCUCAGACAAUGGUUCUGGUGACGGAACAGGCUCAGAUCCUGACACAGAUUCAGGCACAGACUCAGGAUCAUCUGCUUCUGCUUCGUCCACAGCUACUGUUAGCGCUUACGAAGGAGCUGCCCCAAUGAAUAAAAUUUCAUCCUUCUCAAUUGCAUUGGUGCCAUUAGCAUUGAUGGCUCUUAUUUGA